AUGGGCUUCUGCUCAGCUUUGGCAGCAGUCUCAUGGUGGAGUCUCGUGUCACAUUGCAUCACAAUGGUGGAGCAGGUGCAGAAGAGAGCGCGGUGCCUGCGGCAGAACCUCCCUCUGCAGCAGCCCCUUGCUCUUGGCAAGCACUUCUGGGCGCUGUCCAUGGUGCAGCAGCUUUCGGCGCGCCACGUCAGGAGGCCGCGGCAGGGCCGGCGAUUGGCCGAGGCGCCCUCGCCAUCCCCCGGCACCCCGCCCCGCACCCCAGUCCCGCGGCGCCCGGGGACAAGCGUGGGGGCGAGCCCUGCACCGAGCGGCACACCCACUUUCCUUAUUAGGAUAGACUCGGAGCCCGGCGGGCGGUGGGUCCAGGAGGUGGGGCGAGCGCCCCGGGACGAGAGAGCCCAGGGCUCAGCCACGGCCGCAGCCGCCUUGAGCGGCGGGAGGGAGCAGCCAGCCUGCGCUUGGCCACUUUGCGGGGACCCCGCUGCGGUCCCCGGGGCCGCGAUCGUCCUCCUCAACACCCCCACCCCUCAAACUCUGGUCCAAGCCCAUCGCAAAGACAUGGAAGAAUUUUUGCAACGCGCCAAGUCUAAACUGAAUCGAAGCAAACGCUUGGAGAAGGUUCAUGUGGUUAUUGGACCUAAAUCAUGUGACUUGGAUGCUCUCAUUUCUGCCUUUACAUAUGCUUACUUUCUAGACAAGGUCAGCCCACCUGGGGUUCUCUGUUUACCAGUACUGAAUAUUCCAAGAACUGAAUUCAACUACUUCACUGAGACCAGGUUUAUUUUAGAAGAGCUGAAUAUCUCUGAAUCCUUCCACAUAUUCCGAGAUGAAAUUAAUCUGCAUCAGCUAAAUGAUGAAGGGAAGUUAUCUAUAACCCUUGUUGGUAGCAACAUCCUGGCAAGUGAGGAUAAACCGUUAGAAUCAGCAGUUGUCAAAGUCAUUAGCCCGGUUGAGCAGAACAGUGCUGAGCUGGAGUUCCAAGAGUCUUCCUCAUCCCUUGUGCUGAAAGAGCUUCUCCAGGAGGCUCCAGAGCUCCUCACCGAGCAGCUGGCUCAUCUCCUCAGAGGCAGCAUCCUCUUCAAGUGGAUGACCAUGGAUCCAGAGAAGCUCUCAGAGAAGCAGGAGGAGAUUCUGGCUGUCCUGGAGGAGAAGUUUCCCAACUUGCCUCCAAGAGAAGACAUCAUCAGCGUCCUGCAGGAGACCCACUCCAGCGCACACAGUUUAAAUACUGAGCAAAUAAUGUUGAAAGAUCUGAAGGAACUGUCAGAUGGAGAAAUAAAAGUGGCCAUUAGUACUGUGAACAUGAACCUUGAGAACUGUGUGUUUCACAGCAAUAUCACCAGUGAUUUGAAAGCAUUCACAGAUAAGUUCAACUUUGAUGUCCUCAUCCUGUUCUCCAGCUACCUGUCAGAGGAUCAGCAGCCUAGACGGCAGAUCGCUGUGUACUCUCAGAACCUGGAGCUGUGCAGUCAGAUUUGUUGUGAGCUGGAAGAGUGUCAGAAUCCUUGCCUAGAACUGGAGCCCUUUGAAUGUGGCUGUGAUGAGAUCCUGGUGUACCAGCAGGAGGACCCUUCUGUGACUUGGGAUCAGGUGGUUCUCCUUAUCAAGGAAGUCAUCAACAGGAGGUGUCCAGAGAUCGCCUCCAACAGCCGGACGUCCUCAACGGAAGCUGUGGCAGGCAGUGCGCCCCUCUCCCAAGGCUCUUCUGGGAUCAUGGAAUUGUAUGGUUCUGACAUUGAGCCACAGCCCAGCUCUGUGAAUUUCAUAGAGAAUCCCCCAGAUCUCAGUGAUUCUAACCAGGCUCCAGUGGAUGUCAACAUGGACCUUGUUAGUCCAGAUAGUGGGCUAGCCACCAUCCGCAGCAGCCGCUCAUCCAAAGAGAGCUCUGUGUUCCUCAGUGACGACAGUCCGGUGGGAGAAGGCACUGGGCCUCACCACAGCCUCCUUCCAGGCUUCGACUCUUACAGUCCCAUCCCCGAAGGGGCAGUGGCAGAAGAGCAUGCACGGUCUGCGGAACACAGCGAACACUUUGACCUCUUCAGCUUUGACCCAGCUCCCCUGGUUUCUGGGCAGUCCCAGCCGUCUUCCCAUUCUGCAGACUACUCCCCAGCAGAUGACUUCCCCAACAGCGAUUCAUCAGAUGGACAGCUUCCCCCUGGGCCAAAAGGACUUGAUGAGAUAGGGACCAACAUGUCCAAUUAUUCAUCCAGUUCACUUUUGUCCGAGGCUGGCAAAGAUAGCCUGGUGGAAUUUGAUGAAGAGUUUGGUCAGAGACAAGAAAGUCUGGUUGAAGAUGCUGAAGGAAAUUUAAGCCUGAAAGGUUUUGUGGGAGAUGAAUCUCCUUCACCAGAAAGGCUGAACAAUUUUGGAAAGCAAAUUCCACCCACACGUAUGAAUAGCUUUGUGGAAAGCUCACCAUCCACUGAAGAGCCAGCCUCUCUCUAUCCAGAAAACACAAUCCCUAAAGCAAUGGAUACAGGUCACCUCGAGCUACCUCAGACCCAGACCCGGUGUAGCAGCUGGUGGGGUGGUUUGGAAAUUGACUCUAAAAAUAUUGCAGAUGCAUGGAGUUCUAGUGAACAAGAAUCUGUUUUUCAGAGCCCUGAAUCAUGGAAAGAUCAUAAGCCUAGCCCCACUGAUAGGAGAGCUUCAGAUUCUGUCUUUCAACCAAGGAGUCUUGACUUCCCGAAGUCAGAUCCCUGGGAGUCUGAAUUUGGUCAGCCAGAACUUGGUAGCAAUGACAUUCAAGAUGAAAAGGAGGAAAGCUUACAGUUUCAAAACCUUCCCGCUGAGAAGUCCCAUUUACCAAACGCUUCUCCUCAGGGAACAAAUCACCUGAUAGAAGACUUUGCUGCUUUGUGGCAGUCUGGUCACUCUCCCACAACAAUGCCUGAGCCCUGGGGAAAUCCCACCGAUGAUGGAGAACCAGUGGCUGCUGUGUCAUUCGCAGCCUGGAGUGCAUUCCAUGAAGAAGAUAAUGCUGAAGCUUUAAAAAAUACUUGGAAUCUUCACCCGACAAGUGGCGAGACCCCUUCUGCGAGGAACCCGAAUGAGUGGGUGAUGGCGAAAAGUGGGUAUUCUUUUUCUUCAGAAGACCUACUGGAAAGUUCAGCAAGUGAGGCAAAUAAUGAAGCAGCUCCAAAAAUCUGGGGCAAGAAGAACAAUGACGCUAGGGUUAAUAUCCUCGUAUCUGGAAAUCCCACUUCCAACCUGGAGCAUGCAUGGAAUAAUUCCCAGCCACCAAGGGAAGAUCAAAAUGGUUUGGUGGAUCCUAAAACUAGGCAGAAGGUAUAUGAAAAAGUAGAUUCCUGGAACCUUUUUGAGGAGACUGUUAAGAAAGGAGGGACAGAUGUCCUAGCUCCUUGGGAAGAUUCCUUCUUAGCAUAUAAAUGUUCCGAUUACAGUGCAUCUAACGUAGGAGAAGAUUCAGUGCCUUCUCCCUUAGAUACCAACUACUCCACCUCUGACUCUUACACAUCACCAACGUUUGCUGGAGAGGAAAAAGAAACAGAAAGCAAGCCAUUUGCUAAAGAGGAAGUUUGUGAGUCUAAAGAUGCUGACCCAGCUGUAGAGGAGGCUGAAGUUCCUCUGCAGUCGUUGCAGCAGCCUCCUAGAAAUCGCAUCACUUCAGGUCCUGGGAACCUAGAAAUGUGGGCUUCCCCUCACACAGAUGAUCAUCCUGAAGUCACUGUGGCUCAUGACCCAGAUAAAGAUUUUCUCCCAGCAGAGCACAUCUCCAUAGAGGAUGGUGUCGGGGAGAGCAGCCAGUCCAGCUAUGACGACCCCAGCAUGAUGCAGCUCUACAAUGAGACAAACCGACAGCUCACACUACUGCACAGCAGCACCAACUCCCGGCAGACGGGCUCUGACAGCCUCGACUUGUGGAACAGAGUGAUUCUCGAGGACACACAGUCCACCGCCACAAUCUCAGACAUGGAUAACGACUUGGACUGGGAUGACUGCAGUGGUGGGGUGGCGAUCACCAGUGACGGCCAGGCGGAAGGAUAUGUGGCUGAAAGUACUGAACCAGAAACCCGAUUUUCAGUGAGACAGCUGGAACCAUGGGGCACAGAGUAUCAGGACGAAAAUCAGAUAGAUUGGGAGCUCCCUGCCUCCACUGAGCACGCCAAGGAUGCUGUUCCCAAAGAAUACCACACACUGAAUGAGAAAAAUGGGCAGCUAAUUGCAAACAGUAUCUGGGAUUCUGUCAUGAGAGAUAAAGAUGUGUCAUCAUGCAGGUUACCAGGCCCCUCAUAUAUGACAGAUUCAGAGGAAAACAAUUUGCCUCCUGAAAGUCCCAGCCAUUCAGCAAAUGCUAUGGACAGUAGUGUCACAGAUGAGCCAAAAGCCUCUGGAAUCUGUGAGUCAGCAGCAUGCACACCUCAUCCUGAUGAGCAGGACACAUGGACAGGAACCCUGCCAACUGACACAGCACCCUUGGAGGCCAGGCCUGAGAACCCAGGACAUGCUGCACGCUCAGAUCCAUGGAUGGGUCACAGCUAUAGAAAUAAUGAAAGUGAACAUGAAGCCCUGGGAGCCUCAAGCAGAAGGUGCCUUGAUAAGGAGGAAGUGAUGGGCUCUGAGGACGAGAGUGCCCAAGGGACUGCGGGAAAAGGGGCUGGUGACCAGGAACUCUCUUCUCCAGCUGCAUCUGAAUACCAAGAAAUCUACACCGAAUCAGGCAAAACCAGAUCUCUUCCAGCCACUUGCAGUCCUCAAACAGAGGAACCAAAGGAAGUUUUAGAGUAUGAGGAAUCUGAUAACCUAGACCCCUGUGAUACACAAACAGGGAUGUCCACAAAUGACCUUCAGGCAAAGGAGACCUACGAAGAGCCCCUCAUGGAUCACAACAAUUCAGGGGAGGCUACUGAGACUCCAGGUAAGAUGAAUUUAACAAAAAAUGUAUCUUCAUCUGAGAUGGAUCUUGAGAAAAUGGAAGAAUAUAACAUUCUGGAGCCAAAAAGAAUAAACGAAGGGCCACCUCAUGAAUCGCCCCAAAGCCUUGCUGUUUGGGAUGGCUCUGUAGACAGUGACAUGCAGGACAAUUACACAAGUUCUGAGAUAACUAAGACUCUUGAAGUAGAAAAUACGGAAAACAGCCUUCCAGGAGCCAGUUCAUCUGGAAGUUAUGAGAAAGACAGUCUUUCCAGUGAUGAGUAUACACACUCAAGUGCAUCAAGUCUUGACCUAAACGAUUCUUCAGCUGCACUGUCCUCCUGGGGCCAGGGACCCAGUACUGAGCCUCAGAAAGAGAAUCAAGAUGAAUGGAGUGAACAGAAUCACCAACAAUCUGAAGUAAGGACCACUGAUGGCCAAAUAGAAGUAAUCACUGAAAUGCGGAAGCUAGAGAAAAAUAGGACUAAUGAGCUUGAAAAGAGCUUCGAUCCAAAAGUUCCUAAAUUUUUAGAGAUUUGGAAUGAUUCCAUUGAUGGUGAUUCUCUAUCCUCUUUAUCAAGCCCUGAAACAGGCAAAUACUUUGACUAUUCGGGUGCGGAUCAGGACAGAAAUCGAGUGGUUAGUCAUGAGAACAGUAAAAAUGCUGUUCCUGAAACUGUGCAGCAAGAGGAUGCCAAGGUCAUUUCAACAAAUUCGGGCUCUGGUGAUAAUAGUGGAGGUAAUGAAGAGUCAAUAGAGAAAGAGACCCACUUGGUCCCUUGUCAAGUUACACAGAGUAAAUCCAAAGCUUGGGAUGCAUUGAAUGAAUCUCAAUUCUUGACCAUGGCAGAACCCAAUGGUGAGGAGUUUUCUGAUUCUGUAGGUAGUGUAGAACUAGCAGACAGUGAGAAUAAGUCACAUACAUUGUAUGACAGUCAAAGCAGCUCUGAGCACUGGAAUUUCUCACCACUCACAGACACUGAAAUUCAGAUCACAGCGGAGGAAAAGGAGACACGACCUUCUCCAGAAACAGGGAAGAUGAGAGAUGAACUGUGGCAGACAUCUCCCAAAGCUGAACCAAAGAAUGAGGCUCAUUCUGCAUUGGAAAUGCUUGGCUUCUCAACUGAGAGCAGUGAGUGGUGGGAAGCCCCUCUGCAGGAAGGGGGACCCACUGACAGUGCAUUUCAGGGGGUACUGUCUAACUCGAGUGAUGUGUUAGCAAGGAAUUCUUCAGUAUAUCCAAGUGUGGGCCCAUGGGGACUCUCCACUAAGGGUGACACUGAGUCCAGGCAAACACACUGCACGAAUCUUUUCAGUGAUCAACUUCAGCCACCCUUCCUGGUUAGUAAUGGGGACAACUCCCCCAGGCAACUUUGGAACAUCCAACCAAGACAGCCAGACCCAGACGCUGACCAGUUUAGCCAGCUUGUAAUACUGGACCAAAUAAAAGAAAAAGAUUCCAGAGAGCAAACUUUCAUGUCUUCUGCUGGUCAUGAGCUUCCUUCGGAGACACCCACUCAAGAGCAGUGUCAAGAUACCAUGCUAUCUGUCUGGGCUGGGCCAGACCCAGCAGUUACUCACUCAGAUGAAAAUGGGUACAUUACAACUAACAUCUCAACUGAGCAUCAGGAAGCAAACUGGUGGGAACAAGAACAACCAUACCUUAGUGAAAUGACACAUUCAAGCACUGCCACAGAAAACUUCCCUGCUGUCCCUUCUCCCAGCCAGUUGAUAAAGAAGUCAGUCUCUGAAUGGAAUGGCUCCAACCCUAAAGAGGGUUCCCAAGGCACCUUUGCACCAGAUAUUUUACAUGGCAACUUCCAAGACGGUGGGCAGCUGCCCUCAGCCUCGCCUGACUUGUGGAUGGAUGUCAAGCAGCCCUUCAGCCUGAAGGCAGAUGGCAAGAAUCCUGACAUUCUCACUCACUGUGACCACGACAGCAUUUCUCAGGCUUCCAACAGCCCUGAUGUGUGUCAUGAUUCCGAAGCAAAGCAGGAGACUGAGCAGCAUAUCAGUGCUUGCAUCAAACCUGAAGUGGAAUCCAGUGAGUUUUACCUCACUGAGUCAAAGAUAAAUGAAGACCUGAGUCAGAAACCGGGGCAGGAAUCUGCCCCAUACCACAAACUCUCUGCUGAAAGCGUAAUUCCUCUGCCUCCGGAUGCCAAUCAAUUGAACAUAAAUGGCUCCUCUCAGCCUGCCUCUUCUAUAGGUUCUCCUGAGCAUUCUGAAAUGAAUGAUGACAACAAUACAGAUUUAGACGCACCCAAAGCAGAACUCGGAACAGAUACAGCACCAGUUUUGGAACUCACUGACAGGACAAUCCAAAGGGUUGAAAAUGUGAGAACCCGUAUUUUUGUAACUGACCAGGAGCCAACUACGGAAGGCAACUGCUCCUGGGUACCGGAGGACUUUUCUCCUGAAAGUCAGACAGGCUCAAGGGCUUUGUCUAACUGUGAACCGCCCUCUGCUCCUGAGACUCCUGCCACCAUCGCUGUUUCACUGGCCUCCAGUACCUGUUUGGAUGUAAGUGAAGCUGCCUCUGACCACAGUUUCAGUGAUGCCUCAGGUCUUAACACUUCCACGGGCACAAUAGAUGAUGUGAGUAAACUGACUCUGUCAGAAGGCCAUCCUGAAACACCCCUUGAUGGAGAUGCUGGGAAGCAAGAUAUCUGUUCAUCCGAAGCCUCGUGGGGUGAAUUCGAAUAUGAUGUAAUGGGCCAGAACAUCGAUGAAGAGGUAAUGAAAGAGCCUGAACACUUCUUCUAUGGUGUUGACCCUCCCUUGGAGGAAAACAGUCGGAAGCAAUCUGUGGCACCCUACACGCCUCCCUUUGACUUGUCCUAUCUCACAGAAGCCCGCCACGAGGCCGAGACCACAGAGGAAGCUGGGUCCCCAGAGGACGUAUCUCUGGGAAGUGAAGCAGCAGAGAUGUUGCUUUCGGCACUUCCUGAUCAAAGCGAGGGAAACCACACAGAGACUAAAAGCAGACAGCCUGGACACCAGCCGGUUGUGCUGCACAUUCAUGAAGACCCCGAGUCAGUUUCUUUGGCCAUAGGAGAAGCAAGCUCCAACUUUGGGUCAUCUCCAUCAAACAUUGACUGGGAAGUUGAAUCAGAUAAUUCGGACUCACCAGCAGAUGGAGACAUGGGACCGCCAAAUGGUGCCAACAAGGCAAUAUUAGCUUUAGAAGAAGAAAAAAUAAUCCCUGCCAAAGAGCUUAAGGAGAUAAAAUCAGAAUAUACAGAAGAAAGAUGGACAAGGAAGAGUGAAGACCAGCAUGCAAUACACAUGGAUUACAUUCUUGUAGGCCAAGAGCAAAAUUCACCCCUGAAGCCAGAGGCCUGUGAAGCAGGAGAAAGUAUGUCCCAGUUAGAAGCAUCAUCCACAGGUUCUGAAGAAACAGAACUGCCAGGCUCUCAGGUACAGAGCUUCCCAGAUACAAGUCAGCCUGUCUCUUUAAAUGAAAGCAAAGAUCAUUCUAUAGAGAGACUGUCACCCAAAGAUGACAAGAGGUUGUCUCUUGAAAAUUCUGACCAAGAACAGAGUUGGAUGGUCUUGGGCUGUGGUGAGGUUAGUGGUCCAUCACCGGAAGCCAUGGAUGCAGGGACCGGAUGGGCUGACAAGACUGUGGAGCCAGUCUCUGAUCCAAGUAUGACCCAAGUUUCCCCAAUGGAAGAAAUGAAGCCUCUAGAAUCUUUAGCAUCAGAGGAAGUCUCCAGCCUGAGCAGCCAAUCACAGAAGAUCAAGAGCCGAGGUAGGGCUGGCCACAGCCCAGUUCUGUUGCAAGGUGUCACCCAUGACAACGAGUGGGAAAUGCUUUCCCCACAGCUGCCUCAGACAGACAGGAUCCCUGAAAGGGAGAUGGAGGAGGAGACAGAGUUCCUUGAGCCUGGAACCAGGAAACCAAGACCAAAUGGACUCCAGUCCCAGGAUAUAGGAAUGGACGUCCCCUUUGAGGAGGAAAUGCUCAGUCCCAGCGCUGCAGACAUGAGGCCUGAACCUCCUAAUUCACUGGAUCUUAAUGGCACUCAUCCUCGGAGAAUCAGGCUCACAGCCCCAAAUAUCAGUCUUUCUCUGGACCAAAGUGAAGGAUCCAUUCUCUCUGAUGAUAACCUGGACAGCCCAGAUGGAAUUGACAUCAAUGUAGAUGAACUUGAUACUCCUGAUGAAGCAGAUCCUUUUGAAUAUACCGGCCAUGAAGAUUCUGUGGUCAACAAAGACUCUGGCCAAGAGUCAGAGUCUAUUCCAGAAUACACGGCUGAAGAAGAGCGUGAAGACAACCGGCUGUGGAGGACAGUGGUGAUUGGAGAACAAGAGCAACGGAUAGACAUGAAGGUCAUCGAGCCCUACCGUAGAGUCAUCUCUCAUGGAGGAGAUUCAGGAUACUAUGGGGACGGUCUAAAUGCCAUCAUUGUGUUUGCCGCUUGUUUUCUGCCAGACAGCAGUCGGGCGGAUUACCACUAUGUCAUGGAAAAUCUUUUCCUCUACGUCAUAAGCACGUUAGAGCUGAUGGUGGCUGAAGACUACAUGGUUGUCUACUUGAACGGUGCAACCCCUAGACGGAAGAUGCCGGGGCUGGGCUGGAUGAAGAAGUGCUACCAGAUGAUUGACAGGCGGUUGCGCAAGAAUUUGAAAUCAUUCAUAAUUGUUCAUCCAUCGUGGUUCAUCAGAACGAUCCUUGCUGUGACACGACCUUUUAUAAGUUCAAAAUUCAGCAGUAAAAUUAAGUAUGUUAGUACGCUAUCAGAACUCAGUGGACUUAUCCCAAUGGAUUGCAUCCAUAUUCCAGAGAGCAUCAUCAAGUACGAUGAAGAAAGAUCUUUUAAGAGAAGUGUGAGACUGGAUGAAGAACUGAGAGAAGCUUCAGAAGCAGCUAAAACUAGCUGCCUUUACAAUGACCCGGAAAUGUCUUCUAUGGAGAAGGACAAAACAGCACUGCAUGAGCAGUUACAGCUCACAGCCCAGUGAAGGAGCUUUGUAAAAGUAUGGACCUGAAACUGAAAGAGAAGCCCUAGCUGGCCCUGGCUGAGGACAAGGCUGCUCUUUGCUCUAUGAAAAGAAACACAUCUGCGUGGAAGAGACAGGGCUGACAUCACCUUUUUCCACUUUGCACUGCCUGGUGCCAUUCUAAAUUCCUAAGGGGUGAAACAGGAAAGGAACUUGUUUACUUCUACCAUUUCUAUAUGAAAUCGUGUGUAUUUUCCUAUUUUGCCAAUUAUGUGCCUCAGAGUUUUUAGUUGAACCUUAGCAAGAAAGUAGGACCUUCCAUUUCAAGAUUUAGUUAACCCUUGGUCAGUGGUAUUUGGUCCCUUAGGCAGAUGUUUACCAAUAUAGUACGUUAACUUUAAAUCCACUGUUAAGGAUCAGUGGACUUAUCCAUAGAGAGCGAGAUUGCUUCAUGGUGAUCACUUCAAAUUUCAAGUACACAGGGCUCACACUCUGCUCUCCCCAGCGAGAGCUGCUGCCUGUAAUGCCACCUUCAAAAUUCUAAGCCUGCUUAGGAAGCCAUAGGCCAGACACAGGUGUGGAAACAUCAGCAGCUGAGUGUGCCACUGUCACAUGAGUCUUCUUUCACCUCUCAGAGGGAAGCCAGACGUUCUUAUAUCAGUUUUAUUUUAGUUAUCAUGAUUUAAAAAAUUGAUCUUCUGGUGCUGGGGAUUUAGCUCAGCAGCACAGC